UUUGGUAAAAAGACAUUAAAAUAUGACGGAAAAACUAUAUAUGGAUAAUCCAUAGAUACUUACGUACUGACAGUUAGUAAUCAUAUAAUGGAAGUUGUAUUUCAUACUGCAUUGAUUAUUUGAAUAGGUUCUCCGACACAUUUUAUUAAAUGGGCUUGUGAUAAAGCUGUGCACUUACACACUUGUGCUUUUACAAAGUUUUCAUGUUUCAUUGACAACUACUUUACAUAAUAUGGCUGGAAACUUGCAGCGUGUUCCUUUAUGGAGAGAGUGUGUGGAUUGGCUUGACAGACUAAAAAUCCUGAGGAGUGAUCAGUUUCCUCCAAAUUCAGAACUGAUUCAUUUUGGUCAAUGCAUCCGGGAUGGAUUCAUUUUGUGUUAUCUUGUUUCGAAGCUUGACCCAAAUGCUUUGGAUUUUCAUGAUGUUUGUCAACGAACACAAAUGUCUCAAUACAUGAGCUUAAGGAAUAUUCGGCUAUUCCUACGAGCAUGUAGGAAUAAGUUUGAUCUUGGUGAAUCUGAUUUGUUUGAGCCUGCUAUGCUUUUUGAUUACACAGACUUUGGCAAAGUUUUAAAAACCUUAUCAAAGCUUUCUAAAUGCCCUAAAGUUGCCCAAAAAGGAAUUGAAGGAUUUCCAUCUGUUGAGAGUCGUCAUCAAGUAGAAGACGAGGAAAUUUAUCGGAGGCUGGAGGACGUCGAUCAGCAAGAGGACCAGUAUUGUGAAUAUAAUUAUGCUCUUGCUGGUGAAAAUAUCUAUGAAGAACUAUGUUCUGUUGGUGAACAUGGCCAAAAUCUUCAGUCUCACUUUCCAUCUCAACAACCACCAAUGGCAAAAAAAGAAUAUUGCAUUAGAGAGCUUGUUGAAUCUGAGAAAAGAUACAUUGAAGCCCUUGAUAUGAUUAAAACCAACUUCAAAGGGCCACUUUCAUCUGUACUGAGAGAAGAUGAAAAGAAAUCUAUUUUUUAUGGCAUUGAGGAAUUGUAUGAAAUACAUACAGGCUUACAUAGUGAUCUGGUGAAAGCUUGCACUACUAAUAACAUCAAGCUACACAUGGUUUUUCUCAACUGGAAAGACAAAUUUUUAAUAUACGGUAGCAUCUGUUCAAACCUUUCCAGUGCACGUCGUACUAUAAAAUCAGCCAUCUGCAGAAGUAGAGAUGUAGCCGAGAAAAUUGAGCGGUGUCAACGAGAGGCCAGUGAGGUAGCUUUAAACUUGGAAGAUUUAAUUACGCUUCCCAUGCAACGGUUACUCAAAUAUCCAUUGUUGUUGGGGAAUAUUAGCAAACAUACGGACAAGUCGCUUGAGGAGUACGAUGAACUUCAAUCGGCUUACGAGGCGAUGAUUGACAUAGCUGAUUACACAAACGAAUCUACCCGAGAUCACGAAAUGCGCCAAAUUAUUAAAGAUGUUCAGGCUAGUAUUUCUAAUUGGAAUAUAAUGGAAAACUGCGAUUUGGUCGAGUACGGUAGACUGAUAAAGGAUGGUGAACUGAAAAUGCGAUCGCACGAGGAGUCGCGGAAUGCCAAAACUCGCUACGUCUUUCUAUUCAAUCGCGGAGUCAUCUUUUGCAAAGCCACUCGCAUGGUGGAUAAAUUAUUGGGGGGAGACCAAUAUUCAUUCAAAUUAUUCUUGUCACUUGAAAAAUUCAAGUUGGAGGACCACCCAGCUAGUAGAAAUCAAAAUGGGAAAGAAGCCCGCUGGAGUCACCAAUGGCUUCUAGUUGAUAAUCAAAACAAAACCGCCUACACCUUGUAUGCGAAAUCGGCGGAAGCAAAGAAUAAAUGGAUCGGAGCCUUCAGUGAAACUUUGGAAAAAUUAAAUCCACCUGAAUCAUGGGGAACAGACCACAGCUAUGAAUUCUACACUUUUCCCAAUUCAACUUCGUGCAACCGAUGCAGAAAGCUUCUAAAAGGAGCUUUUUUUCAGGGAUAUAAAUGUAGCAAAUGCAAUGUAGCUGUUCACAGAGAGUGCCUCAUGUUGAUGACUAAAAGCUGUGGGGUUCCGAUUCCUCCACCGCGCCCCAGACCUGUUGGACCUAAGUUUUCUUCUCUUGGUUUUCAUCCUAUGGAACUGGAUCGAUAUCCUUGGUUUGCUGGUGAAAUGACGCGCUCGGCAGCUGAAGCAGUGUUAAGGAACACACCUCUCGGGACAUACCUAUUACGCUUUAAAUCCAACGAUAACACGUACGCAUUAAGUUUGAGGACAGGGGAAGAAGUUAAACAUAUGAAAGUAGUCCGCACUUCUGAUGGUGGUGGGCGAUAUUUUCUCUCGGAAAGUUUUCUCUUUCGUUCAGUAGUGGAACUCGUCAAUCGUUAUGAACAUAAUAGUCUGCGUGAAUCUUUCAAAGGGUUAGAUGCUUAUUUAAAAGUACCUUGGAAACAUUUGUUUGUCACUGCCCAAGUCAUUAAAGAUUAUGUCCCCGAAGACCUUGACCUUAACCAGUUGUCAAUAUCUAAAGGACAACACCUCAUUGUGGUGAGCAAGGAAGGUGACGAAAAUGGAUGGUGGAAAGGAAGAUUUAAUGAUCAGGAUGGUUAUUUCCCGAAGGAUUUUGUAAAAGAAGACAACUUCUAUGGUGCAUGAAGUGGGUAGUCGAGUGACCGCCAAUAGUUUUGCUCAUGUGAUAUAAACUCGUCUUGUAUCAACAAAUGA